CGCAGAGACACUCAGCAUCUGUACCAAACGAUGAAUGUUGAGUCACAUUCAACGGAUUUUGCUUAAAAAUAAGGGAGAAGAACAGCUACUGUCAUCAUGUAUGGUUUUGUGAAUCACGCCUUGGAGCUCCUCGUUUUGAGGAAUUACGGCCCGGAAGUAUGGGAAGACAUCAAGAGGGAGGCUCAGCUUGAUAUCGAGGGUCAGUUCCUCGUUAGAAUCAUUUACGAAGACGGCAAAACAUACGAUCUUGUUGCUGCUGCAAGUAAAGUUCUCAAGAUCGAUGCAGGAGACAUCUUGCAGAUGUUUGGAAAGAUGUUUUUCGAAUUUUGCCAAGAGUCAGGAUACGACACCAUCCUGCGAGUGUUGGGAUCCAAUGUUCGUGAAUUCCUGCAGAAUUUGGACGCUCUACAUGACCACCUGGGUACCAUUUAUCCUGGUAUGAGGGCUCCCUCGUUCCGCUGCACCGACGCAGAGAAGGGGAACAAUCUGAUUCUUCACUACUACUCCGAGAGAGAAGGCCUGCAAGACAUUGUGAUUGGCAUCAUUAAAACUGUCGCUCAACAGAUCCAUGGGACAGAGAUAGAGAUGAAGAUGAUCCAACCGAAAAGUGCAGAGUGUGACCACAUCAAGUUUCUGAUCGAGGAGAAGGACUCGGAGGAGGAGGCUUUAUACGAGGACCUGGACGGCUUUGAGGAGAACGGCACACAGGAAACGCGGAUUAGCCCGUACACGUUCUGCAAAUCCUUCCCGUUCCACCUGAUGUUUGACAGAGACCUGAUGCUCACACAGUGUGGGAACGCCAUCUAUCGAGUCCUGCCUCAGCUCCAGCCCGGCACCUGUAUCCUCCCUUCAGUUUUUUCUUUGGUCCGUCCUCACAUUGACUUCAGCUUCCAUGGCAUCCUUUCCCACAUCAACACCGUCUUCGUUCUGCGAAGCAAGGAGGGCCUGCUGAAUGUAGAGACUGUGGAGAACGAGGACGAGCUGACGGGGGUGGAGAUCAGCUGUCUGAGAUUGAAAGGACAGAUGAUUUACUUGCCAGAGGCGGAGAACAUCCUUUUUCUUUGCUCACCCAGUGUCAUGAACCUGGAUGAUCUGACCCGAAGGGGGCUUUACCUGAGCGACAUCCCGCUGCAUGACGCCACGCGUGACCUGGUGCUGCUAGGUGAGCAGUUUCGCGAGGAGUACAAGCUGACCCAGGAGCUGGAGAUAUUGACAGAUCGUCUGCAGCACACCCUCCGGGCCCUGGAGGACGAGAAGAAAAAGACAGACAGAUUGCUCUAUUCUGUCCUUCCACCGUCUGUUGCCAACGAGCUGCGACACAAGCGGCCUGUCCCGGCAAAACGCUACGACAACCUGACCAUCCUCUUCAGCGGCAUUGUGGGAUUCAAUGCCUUCUGCAGCAAGCAUGCCUCGGCCGAGGGAGCCAUCAAGAUAGUCAACCUGCUCAACGAUGUUUACACACGUUUUGACAUCUUGACAGACUCUCGGAACAACCCUUAUGUAUACAAGGUGGAAACAGUGGGCGAUAAAUACAUGACAGUGAGCGGCCUGCCAGAGCCGUGCAUACACCACGCCAAGUCCAUCUGCCACCUCGCGCUUGAUAUGUUGGAGAUCGCUGGACAAGUCAAAGUGGACGAUCAACCAGUUCAGAUUACUAUUGGGAUCCACACAGGAGAGGUGGUGACCGGGGUGAUCGGCCAGAGGAUGCCCAGAUUCUGCCUUUUUGGAAACACGGUCAACCUCACAAGUCGUACAGAAACUACUGGUGAAAAGGGAAAAAUACAUGUCUCAGAAUAUACCUACAGGUGUUUGCAGUCUGCUGAGAACGCUGACCCUCAGUUUAAUUUGGAGUAUCGAGGCCCCAUCACCAUGAAAGGAAAGAAGGACCCGAUGAAGGUGUGGUUUCUGUCCAGGAAGCCCACCGGCACAGAGUCCUCCGCAGAUAGUUAGAGCUUAACAAUCUAGAUUCCACAUCAAAACAACACAAGGUCAUCUUACAGAAGCUUCAGUUUGGUUCUGUGAAGUCAAAAAGGUCUUAAUAAAUGGCACAUGUUCAGGGCAGGAGUGAGAUGGAUCAAGUCAAACAGAAAACCUAUCUAUCCAAACAGAUAUUUUAAAUAUGAUGAACCUGUACGGCUGCUUCCCCUGCUCGGUUCUGCUUGACCAUGAGCUGUCAUGUCCUCACUAUAUUUUUUUAGCAUAGACAGACACAAUAGUGAAGUGUUUCAUGAAUAGUAGCUGUUAUUGAUAUUCAAGUUUGAUACAUUUUUAGAUAAAAUAUUCUCACAUUGUUAUUGUAUAUAAAAUCACUAAGGGAUUUGAUAAGAAAAACAUUUUUCAUCUACCCUAAACAUUAGGUUGAUAAUUUUGUCAUAUACUGUACUUGUUCUGUGUUAAGAAUUGAAAGUAUUAACUCUAUCAGACCAGUUAGCCAAUGAGAGUAAAACAAUAUAUAGCUCGAUAUCAUGUUUGUGCCAAAACAUUACUGUCAUUUUUUGAGCAGUCCUUUAUUCAUUGGCUGUGAGAGUUUUACACUGAAUUAUGUGACACUGGCAUCAAAACCAUAAAAAGAAAACAUUAUUGAGAUAUUAUAGCUGUUGUAUUUUAUAGAGAUAUAUAGAUAUCACCACUUUCACCAGUUCUUAUGCACAAAAAGUGACCAUGAGUCAUAUAUUAUAGAAAUGUAUACAUCACUGAUAAUUAAAGCCAACAAUACAAUACAUUAUUUAAUUGUAUUGAUUGCACCUCUUUACUCUAUUUUUGUCUAAUUCUAUAAUAUUGAGUAAUAUGUUCAGUUCUACUAAAUGUUGAGAUAUUCUAAAUGAUCCUCAUAUUUAUUGUUAACAUUGUGUUAUGUAUUUAUUUGACUGUUUUCAAAAAGGACUAACUAGGUAAAUGUUGUUAUAGGUAAAACUACUGUUUGUGCCUCUAUAGGUUUAACUAUGUGCUAUACAGUAUGUGUUGGAUUCAUUUCACAGGAGUAAAUGUACCACAUCUUUUUCAACCUAUUUUUCCAAAGUCAUUCUUAUUAUUCUUAAACUUUAUGUAAUGUCCUUGCAAGCAAUCCUCUC